AUAUUGACAUUCAUUGCAUUCGCAUCACAUAAUAUAAUAUAAUGUGUGUAUAUAAAUAAGUAUAAGUAUAUAGGUUUACAUGAAAAAAUCAUUUGUACAUACACAUAAUUUGUACACAUUUUUUGUAACUAAACAAUGUUGACAAUUAUCGUACAAAUUAUUGUACAAGUAGCACCCUGUGUGUUUACAAUAAAGUCAAAAUAAAAUGUACCACGUAGUACGUAUGUUUGAUUGGCCGUCCAGAGACCUACUGGCGGCGGUAAGGCCUAAGCAGCUGAAGGAGAGAACCACUGAGGUGGAGAGACAUGACUUCGCUGGUGGACCCGACGAGCCUUCCGCCAAUGAAAACCACCGGCAGUGGGGUGGCGCCGUUGGCGUGGCCCAUGACGGCGGUGAGGGUGACCUCAAUGUCCUUGCCGUCGCGGUGGUCGGCGUCGAGGUGGUGGACGUGUGGCUUAACUCCGAGGUUGUGGAAGAGGACGUUAACGGCGUAGCAAAGGCAACAUUCGGUGUUGCUAAAGAUCACCACGCCGUGUUCUGCCGUCAGCCUCUCCACCUUCUCCAUCCGGCCUAGAAUUUUUAUUACUCACCGAUAGAGUUGUGGGUGAGGAUGGUAAGAUCGAUGGGAAUUGUAUACCGACCGAGUCCGGUGGAAGGAACUCUGUUUAUAUAAGAGACCCAGCUCAUUUUAGUCACAUCUACACUUUAAAAAAACAAAAAUGUUUAUG